UGCGCGACCCCCGGCUUGGCGACGUUUUUGCUCCUGCGCAGGAUGCGGCUGCUGCUUGCGCUCCUGGCUCUCGCCGCCGCCCGGCCUUCGGCCAGCGCAGAGACACACUGGUGCUACAAGGUUCAAGUUGAUGCCUCCAACCACUCCUGCUUGGGGCCCACCGAGUGGGGUGGUGACUGCCAUAAGCACCACCAGUCCCCCAUCAACAUCAACACCUCCCAGGCCCAGGUGAACAAAAGCUUGGGACCCUUCUCCUUCUCCAGCUACGACCAGAAGCACUACUGGAAGGUCGAAAACAAUGGGCACACAGUGGUAGUGUGGCUGGAGGACAAGCCCACAAUUGCUGGAGGAGGACUGGCCACCCAGUACCGGGCCCAGCAGCUGCACCUGCACUGGUCCAAGAUGAUGAAUGAGGGCUCGGAGCACAGCCUCGAUGGGCAUCGCUUUGCCAUGGAGAUGCACAUAGUACACCAGAAACAGAACGGGGCAUCGAGCAACAAGACAGAGGCCCAGAACUCCCAAGAUGAGAUUGCAGUGCUGGCCUUCAUAGUGCAGGCUGGAUCUGAGAAUGACGGCUUCCAGCCCCUGGUGGAGGCGCUGUCUGAUAUCCCCAGACCCGGAAUGAACACCACAAUGAAAAAGAGCAUCAGCUUGUUUGACCUGCUCCCCAAGGAGGAGAAACUGAGGAACUACUUCCGCUACCUGGGCUCACUCACUACGCCAGGCUGCGAGGAGAAGGUCGUCUGGACUGUGUUCAAGGAGCCCAUUCAGCUCCACGAGGACCAGAUCUUUGCAUUCUCCGAGAAGCUGUACUACGACAAUGGGCAGAAACAGAAGAUGACGGACAACGUCAGGCCCCUGCAGGAGCUGGGGCAGCGCCUGGUGCUCAAGUCCCAGGCCCCUGGACAGCUGCUGCCCUUGCCUUUGGCCGCCCUGCUGGCCCCCAUGCUCACUUGCCUGAUGGCUGGCUUCCUCCAAUGAUAGCUGUCUUCCGGACACUUGACCUCUGAUCUCAGCCCUUCAGGGCUUGGGCCUCUGUUCCUCAGGCUUCCCAGAUUGGACUUUGAUGAUGAUUAAAAGA